AUGAAUUAUGAAGAAAAAAUGAUUAUAGCAUACGAGGCAGUUGUAUCAAAGAAAAUGUCCUUUAAGGAAGCAUGCACGAAAUUCAAGAUUCCUGAUAGCACACUACGAGAUAGAGUGAAAAAAGGAAAUCCUACGAAAGGGAGAAGAGGAAAAAAUGCAACGCUGGAUCAAAAUGAAUCAGAAAAAUUGACCAACUGUAUAAUGAUGCUGAUGAAACAGGGAUAUAAUUACACAAUCGAUGAACUGUGUACGUUAUCAAGUCAAUAUGUUAUAAGCAUUGGCAAGCGUAAGCACGAUAAACCAGUCACAAAACAUUGGUUUUAUUUGUUGUGUGAGAACUUUCCUAAGCUUAAAGAGUUGAGGAUUAAACUUACACAAAUGGAUAGAACUCAAACACGGGAUUUGACACGUGUCUCAAGUUUUUUCUCAUAUUUGUCUUCUUGUGUGAACAAACAUGACUUAUCCGAGAGGCCUUGUUCAAUUUAUAGUUUAAGCUCUACAGAAUUAUCUUACUCAUGGCCUUAUGCAAUCAGAGAGGUCCCUUCUCAUGAAGAAGCAAUCACUUUGUUUAUUUGUGCAAAUGGCGCUGGCAACGUUAUCCCUCCUUGGUAUGUUUUUCCCGAUGGUAAAUCAAAUUUGGAUAUAAAUCGUCUACAGGAAGAUUGUAAACCAGGUUUCGGGUUUCUAGCAGAAGAGAGAUUGUUUCCAUCGGAGAUAUUUUUAAAAUAUCUGACAACUCAUUUCCUUCGCCACACGCUACCUCAGGAUCAUAAGAUUCUUCUCGUUGACGGACAUGACCUGUAUGUCUCUGUUGAAAUAUUGGAAUGGGCAGAACAAAACCAAAUUACUUUAAUUGUUCUUCCUGCAGACGAAUACAAGACAAUUCAGCCAUUACAAGUUGAUUGUUUAAGUUCUUUUGAGCGUUUGUUGACGGAGAACUGUAAAGCUAGCGUGUCAGGUUCUCAGUUAGAAAGAUCUGCUUUAUGUAAAGCUGUUUCAGAUGCAUACCAACAAGCAUUUACAAGUGAGGAAAUUCAGCGUUCUUUUAGAAUGGCAAAAAUAUUCCCGAUUCCUACGGAAAUGAUUUGA